AUGAUCCCUUCGAGCGAGAUCCAAAACUUUGAGAUUUUCAAAGACUGCUUGUCGACGACUAUAAUUUCAAGACUUGCCCCGGAAAGUGGCAAAGCAUCAAAGAAGGUGAAGGGGAGAAGGAACGAGAUAAAGCCGGUACGAGCAGUCGCAGCGGGGAAUGAAUAUGGGAGCAAUGACACGGCGGAUUUGGCGGACUUCAUAGAGUAUCUCGCAGAGGAGAUCUUCCUCGCUCUACCAGCCGAGCUGCGAACGUUGUCAUAUGCUGCAGUGCAAGAGGACUCCGAUCUAGCAGACCGCUACACAUUGCCGAUAGACACAUCCUUAUUGGAAAACUUGGCAAAGCCAUUGCCUCUCACCAUUGCAGAUUCAUUGACUUCGUACGGGCUGCUCCAGGAUGAGAUUGAUUUGGAGAAGUUCUUGGAACCAGCUCUCACGGCCUACGUAACGGCAAUGAUUGCUGCACCGCCAGAGCAUACUCCAGCUGUGAUGGCAUCCCGUCCAGAGGCCUGCGAGAUCUGUGACCGAGGCCAUCUUCCGCUGACGUACCAUCAUCUCAUACCAAGGGCUGUGCAUGCCAAAGCUGUCAAGCGUGGUUGGCACAAGGAAUGGGAGCUGCAGAAAGUAGCGUGGCUAUGUCGAGCGUGUCAUUCGUUCGUACAUAAGAUCGCAUCAAACGAGAUGCUAGCGAAGGAGCUCUAUAGCGUCGAGUUGCUGGUAGAGCGGGAGGAUGUGCAGCGGUGGGCCUUGUGGGUGGGUCGCGUCCGAUGGAAGGCAAGGUAG